AUGCCUGGCAAGUCGGACGACGAAGAGCUCAGCGGGAGCGAGGAAGAGGAGGAAGUCUCGGGCAGCGAGUCGGGCAGCGAAGAGGAAGACUCGGACGAAGACGACGACGAGCAAGAGUCCAAGAAGGACGCCAAGCCCAAGGCGAAACCCAAGGAUGCAAGUGGCGGCAAGGAGCGGGCGCUACAGAACCAACCCUUUGACGCCGCCCUCGAUGUGAGCGACAGCGAGAGUAUUAACGAUCCCAACUCACCCAAGAAGGGCAAGGAUGCCAAGCAGCUCAAGAACCAGCCGUUUGACGAAGCCUUGGACCUCUCGGGCAGCCACGACAUUGAAAGCAGCAUGCCCAAGGACGCGCCCAAGAAGGAGUUGGCCGAUCGACGAGACGACAAGGCGUCCGAGCGCCCAGCACCCAAGGAGCGCAAGGAGCCGCCGGCCAAAGCUGCGAGCAAGGCACCGGCAGCAGCCAACAGCGAUGGCGGCGAGGUCAAGAACAAGCCGUUCGACGAGCAAAUCGACCUCAGCGACUCGGAGGCGAGCGUCGACACGUCCGGAGCGCCAUCGCCCGAGAAACCAAAGCUUGAGAAGCGAGUCUCGAUGAACCAGACGCUCCAGACGAUGCCCAAGUCGGCCACCGACAAGGUCGCGGCUGCCGAAGAAAAAAUGGCGGCCAAAGAAGCACCCAAGCCCAGCGCAGCUGCGACCAAGACUCCGCAAUCCUCGUCGGAAGGGUCUGGCUCGGACGAAGAAGAGGACGAAGACGAAGAGGAGGAGGAAGAGGAGGAGGAGGAGCACGCGGCAACGUCGUCCGAUGCGGCCGCCGCACCGUCCGCCGCGUCCAUCAACGUGCCCGGCGCGUACAAGGAGAGCGACUUUGCGCACCUCAAGGUGACGCAGGACAUCAAGGAGCUCUUCCAGUACAUCGGGCGGUUCAAAGCCCAGGAAAUCGAGCUCGAGACGCGGCUCAAGUGCUUCGUGCCCGAGUACAUUCCCGCGAUCGGCGAGAUGGACACAUUCCUCAAGAUCCCGCGACCAGACAAAGAGGCCGACAACCUCGGGCUCAAGGUCCUCGACGAGCCGAGCAUUGCACAGAGCGACGCCACCGUCCUCGACCUCCAGCUGCGGGCGACCUCGAAGAAGAAGCACGGCGACAUCGUCGUCCGAAGCAUUGAAAACGCUGAGAAGAACGUUAAGGAGAUCGACCGGUGGAUCAAGAGCAUCGGAGACCUCCACCGCACCAAGCCGCCACCCCAAGUGCACUACUCGAAAAGCAUGCCGGACAUCGAGACGCUCAUGCAGGUGUGGCCCGACGAGUUUGAGGACCUCUUGUCCAAGAUGCAGCUCCCGAACGCCGACCUUAACGUCUCGUUGGAGCAAUUCACGCGCAUCAUUUGCGCGAUCCUCGACAUUCCGGUCUACAAGAACGUGUACGAAUCGCUCCACGUGCUCUUCACGCUCUUCCUCGAAUUCCGAAGCAACCAGCACUUUAUGAACUACGAAAACGACGUGCCGCUCACCAACGGUCUCGCGACGACACGUCUCGACAUGGGCAUGCCCGCCGUGCUCGCUUCGGACCGCAAAUGA